CAGACUGUCCCUCACCGCAGUGUCUUUGAGCAAACGGCAGCAGGAAAUGACUCUGGCAGCGUACCGGGACAAGAUGCGGGAGCUCCCCCUGGUGUCCCUGCUCUGCUCCUGCAUCAGUCCUCCAAUCAGAGAGCAGCCGGCCGAGCAGGACGCGGCCGGCGUGGUGGACCUGAAGCUGAGCAGCAUCCGGGACCUGGAGGUGGUCCAGCUGAGCCAGCGCUCCAGCGGCCAGGCCUUCCAGGUCAUCCUCAAGCCCCCCAGCUUUGACGGCGGCCCCGACCCCCGGGCCACCACGCCCCCCCGAGGCAAGCCCUCGCUGCAGGACAUCCAGAAGAAGCUGGACGCCGCGCAGGAGCGCAGGAAGUGUCAGGAGGCGGAGCUUCUGAAGCACCUGGCCGAGCGGCGGGAGCACCAGAGAGAGGUCGCUCAGAAAGCUCUGAGCAAAGAACGCCAGGAGAACCGAGCCAAGGAGGAGCGCCUGAACGCCUCACAGCAGCAGGAGGAGCACCUGAAUGCCUCACAGCAGGAGGAGGAGCGUGUCCUGAUGGCCUGA